UGUGAUGCAUAAAAAGAAAAAAAAUCAGUUUACUCGUUUUUGGGAAACUAACUCAGCAGUGUAAAAACUAGGUCAUUAGCUGCAAUUAUUUUUCAGUUUGCUAUUUUUGAUUUUGGAUCAUAAUUUCUGUUUCCUUUCAAUGUUCCGUUUAGCAUCCUUUUCACAGGUCUGCGUGACUAUUUGCUAAAUUAAUUCAAUUAUCGGGCUUAUUUUUUUUCGAGACAAACAUUGUUCGGUGAUUAAACAAUGAAUAUCGUAUCAAUACACUCUUUUGAGUUUUUAAUUGUUCAUUUAUUGUUCAGCAAUGCAUGUCAAAAUGUCAAUGAAAAAGGAAAUUGCACAUGUUUCGGGUAUUUUUACGUUGAGGAUUCGAAGGAAUGUAAAGAGUGUCCGCCUGGAUAUAUGGGUCCAAAUUGUUCAAGGAAGUGUCGUUACCCUGGGUUUGGGAAACAGUGUCAGGAAGGAUGCAACUGUACAGCAGAAUAUUGCGACUUUCGGAGUGGCUGUUUUAACAUGUCUUUUGAGAAUGCAACCAAUUUAAAGGUGAAGAAAUUGUCAUCUUACUCUGGAAUAAGUGCCAUGGGAUCAAUAUCCAUAAUAACAAUAAUAAUAAUAGCGAUAACAUUUCUGAUAUUUUUAUUUUUGAUUUUAACACGAAUUCUAAUUCUCCAUCUAAAGAACAAAAAAUACUCCAAGUCAAACAAAUGCUGCAGCUGCUGUCCUUGUGGAAAAUUAGCGUUCAAAUCUAAUAUGUAUCUAACAAAACUUUGUCUUUUUUAUUUCAUUGUUUUGUGUAAUAUUUAUACAGUCAGCAGUCGAUGCCAACCGAACAAAGAGAAAGAUUGCAAAGAAUGUCCAUUAGGUUAUAUAGGUUUCAAUUGCUCCAUUCCGUGUAGAUACCCAGGUUUUGGUUUAUCAUGCCAGAAGGUGUGUAACUGUUCAGAGGAAUAUUGUGACAUUUCUACAGGAUGCAAGGAGGGGAAAGCCCACCUUCCCAUACAAAAUGGUCUUAAUGCAGUUGUAGAAAAUCGUAUGUAUCCAGCCAGAGAGAUGAUUGAUUUGAAACCUGGGGAGGAUCUUCAAUCAAUUCCAAACCAAGGUACACAUCCUGCUAAAAACACGAUUCAAUCUGAAAAACCAAAGGAAUCAAAGUCAGAAUCACAAACAACGCCGAUCCUCAUUGGUACUGUGAUUGCUCUUUCUUUGAUACUUUUUGCCACCGGUUUAAUGUUUUCUUGGAAAAGGGCCAAGCACUCCUGUCUAAGAAAUAGAAGAGAAGACAAUGACAUGCCAAAUAUAAAAGUCGAGCUAAAAAGAAUAACUUGUGAUUAUGAGGGCAUGAAAGAAAAUUUGUAUGAGGAUCUGGACGGAAAGGAAACUUGUGAUGACAAAGACAAGAAGCCGGAAGGCAAUGCUGAAAAUGAUUAUGUUGACACUCUUAAAAUCUCAAAAAUGGGAGGGAACAAAAAUGAGGACCGAGAAUCCAAACAUUUUUAUGACGCUUUGAUACACAGGAAAUCGAUGUUUGAUAAUUGCUCAACAAAAAUGAAGCAGUCGCAGAUGUCCCUAUUCUUGUACAUUUUUUUUGUUACGUUGAAGAUUGUGAUUUGUUCCAUUAAGAACUGCAUUGGAUAUGCACAGAGUGGAAAAUGUAAAGAAUGCCUCCCUGGGUUCGAAGGAGAACAUUGCUCACACACUUGCAGGUACCCAAGUCAUGGCAAGGGAUGUCAACAUGUCUGCGAAUGUGAUCAAUCUGUCUGUCACGUGGUCUCGGGCUGUUCGAAAGUUUCAGAAUGUCAACCAGGUUAUUUUGGUGUAAACUGCGUUUAUGAAUGCAGAUAUCCAAGUUAUGGUGUCAAUUGCCAGUUAUUUUGUUUAUGUGAAGAACAGUUCUGUGACAGGAAAACCGGAUGCACACAUAUUUCAACAUAUUACAAGAACACGACUGGAGAAACAACUACAGUGGCUCAAAAUAUGACAACCGUUAGGCACACAUCAUUUCAAUCUACUUCUUCUCAGGUUAACAGAGGCACACAGAGUAUUACAAACUUCAUACAUUCUACCAGUAAUCCGAAUCAAAGAUUCACCCCAACCACGUCAUUUAUGAAUAUAACAAUUUUCAAAUCUUACAAUUCUUCUUCACAGCCAACUGCCUCCUCGGAAAUUUUCAGUAAUAAGCGAUUCCAUAGCAAUUUAACUGAUCAAUUACUUAUCAAUGAUCCGGUUUACCUAAUUCUCGCGAUAGGAUUAAUUGUAUUUUUAACGGUAGCUGCUAUUUAUGCAAUAAACAAAUAUCGGAAAAGAAGAGGACUUAUUUCAAAUGACAUUUUAAGGAAUCAAAAUGUUCCUGUAUAUUACGAACCAAUACAAGCACUUGCAUAUGAUAAAAAAUUAAUUCAAAUCUCUGUCCCUGAGUCAAGCACAAUGUCCGAAAACGAAGGUCAACAAACUGAGGCAAAUCCGUACGAAACCAUUGAAAACGAUGAGGAAGAUUCAUUGAAUUCACAAUUAGACAUGUAUCCUCUGCAGAAGGAUCAGACAUCAUCAUUUCGUUUGCCUAGAUGUGUGCAGCCUAGUAGAGAAAUUGAUGGAAACACUGACUCUGAUGGUUAUCAGUGCCCUGUUCCUCCUGAAAGAGGACGUGAAAGACUACAUGAUGACAAUAACGAAUAUUUAACCGUGGUUUAAAUGGUUUCUACGAAAAUAUAUACAGUGCACAGUUUUGUUCUCUUUUAAAACUAUAUUGUGCAUGCUUUAUAAAUUAAAAGAAAACAUUUUCAUUUUUUGAUACAACUGAUUGAAGUGUUUAAAUUCACAAAGUAAGCAAACCUUCUCUUGGAUAGAAGUAUAGGCAUUUCCUCAUUGUUUACCUCCUUUUCCUUUCACACGAAAAUCGUCUGAAAUUAUUAAAAACAAAUUAAUAAAACAACUUUUCAUAAUAAACAAAACAAUUUUUUUAUGAUGUUAAGGAGUAAAGAAUAUUCUAUUCCCAUCUCUGAAUCUAUUGGAGAUUUUUGGCAGCAGAUAAAAAAUAAUGCGCUCAUUUGAUUAAACAUUGUAUGGAACAAAAAGUAUGACUAUUUUAGUUUUCUUGUAUUAUUAGACUGACGACAAUAAUUAAUUAUUCUUGUCUUAUAAUUCCAGAUUUUCCAUAUUUAAAGGGUAAAUUUACAAUAAUAAUUUCAUAACAGUCAUUGUGCGGGUCCUUUGUGUUAUCCAUAUGUACCGCAUUUAAAGAUUAAAUAAAAAUAUACUUUAAGCAUAAUCUAUUUUAUUUCCACGAUUUAUAAUUUAAUAUUUUUUCUUUAGAUUAGAGAGUGAAAUGUGAGAGGUUUUCGGGAAUCUUGAAAUGAAGCAUUUUCAUACAUUAAUGAAAACAUUGCUCGUUCUCUACAAAAUAAAUAAGAGUCUUACAAAUUGGCAUCGCAUGUACUAUCAGUUAUCGAUGAAAAACCCGACGAAUAAAGCAGAAUUUUCGGUAGAUGAAUAGUUUCCAUGCUUUGUUUCAAUUGGAAUUUAGACAAAAAAAGAAUUUAAAUUGUAACUUGUAGGUUGCCAAGUAAACAAAAACAGUAUGAUUAUUUAAUUUGAAUUAUCUUUGCAGAGAAUGCAACCAAUGUAGAGGAGAAGUACAAGUGAAAUUGACAGCGUGUCCAUUCAGCGCUCGUGUGCUUAUCGCGAUACACGUGAAUAAUUAGAUACAUUGUAACGUUUCAUUGUUUGACUUUGAUAAUUUUGUAAAAUAAUAAAUUCAUUAAUAAUUUACACAAACUUUAUGCAUUUGAUAUUUUAAUCAACCUGUAUAUAAAAAGCCAAGUACAGGAACGUAGCAAUCGGGAGGGGGGGGGGGUGUUAAAUGUUAAAAUAAUAAUAGUACCACAUAUAGCGUAUAGCUAGAACACUGCGUAUAAUGU